CUCAGGCGUAGCGUCCGUAGCUAGGCUCCGCCUCGCGCCUUCUCACUGCGGGGCCACAGGAAGGUUCCGGAGCCUGGGGUCUAGGCGAGAAGGCUCGAAUCCCCCUCUCGGCGGCUGCGCGCAUCCCUGCCUAUCGCCUUUCCCUUCCCGAAGUGAAAAGAUAUCCCCAACCCCAGUCCCUCCCUCCAGAAGGAACUCACCCCAACGCCCUCUGGCGGUGUCCCGACCCCUGCAGCCAGCCGCCCUUCAGAGGACGACAGAACAGCUUCCCAGCGGGCGAGGGGAAGAGGGAAAGUAGCCAGCAUGUCGAACGCAAUGUAUAAUAAGAUGUGGCAUCAGACCCAAGAAGCCCUCAGUUCUCUGCUUGAUAACGAAUCUCAGAAGAUGAUGAAACCACAAAGAAAUCAAGUUUUCAUCUUCCAGAUGUUAGCCACCUUCUACAUAAAAUACGUGCAGAUCUUUAGAAACUUGGAGAACGUCUAUGACCAGAUAGUCCAUCCACAGAAACGCAUGCUGAUCCGAAAAAUCCUGGAUGGGGUGAUGGGUCGCAUCCUGGAGCUGAAGAAUGAGAUGGUUGAAUUGGAAUUAACCGAGUUUCAUUAUUUUGAUGAUAUCUUACAGGAUCUAAAGUUGAUUCCUCAACAGUUAGAUAUCCCCAUACCAAAGUAUUUUCUGAAGGAGAAGUUGGAAGUAAUAAAAGGAAGAGAGAAAAUCCUUGCUCAACUAUUAGCCGACAGUGGAUUAGGCAUGACUGAAAAGAAAUACCCCGUAAAGCCUAUCCCCCUAGAAGAGGCUGUUAAACUAAUCCAGGUCGCCGAGAGGGCACGGCAAGGGCGCCUAAGAGCCAUGUUCAUGAAGCAAAUCUAUCUUCAAGAAUACAGAGCAAAGCAAGCCAGGUUACUGGGCGAGAGAGUAGCAGACGUGGGGACUGCUGCACUGUGUAUCCAGAAGGUUUGGCGAGGUUUCCACCAGUGCAAGAGAACUGAAAGAGAGAGAGAAGAGGAGAUGAUAUUCUUGGGUAUGAACCCACCUCCUUUGUUUAAUGAAGUCAGUGCUGCAUUAAUCCAGGCUGACAGGGUGACCCACCUGCGGGAUAAAGUGCAGGUAAAGCAUGAGGAGGAAUACAGAGAUGCCUUGGUUACAAUCAAGGAUGACUUGAAACUAAUAGAAGGUCCCAACAUCAAGGAGAACCUCCAAGAUCAGAUCCGGCGCUGGUUCAUCGAAUGCAGGCACUUAACGGGCACAUUUCCCGACUACCCUAAAGAAGAAGAAGGAGGUUCAGCUAUUAUUUUUUCCAACAAGACGCGACAACAGGUUAUUGAGGAUAUUAUUGCAAGCCAAGAAGAGGAGGAAAAAAACAAAAAGAAGAAAAAGGAAGAGAAACCCAAAAAAGGCAAAAAAGGAAAGGAAAAGAAAGAAACAAAGGAAAAAAAUAAGGAAGAAGGUGAGGGCUGGAAAAUGUCACCGAGUGUUUUCCUUCAUAUGAUGGAAGAAGGAAAUAACGUAUACAAAGACCUGUGGAAGAAUAAAGAUGAAUCGUGGAAUGUCCCCCAGGGCUAUGAUCCCGAACUGAUCAAAGAGGACAAACGGAAAGAAUUGGAGUCGGAGAUCCGGCUGCAGGUUGACGAGCUGAUGAGACAGGAACUAAAAAACUUAAAACUAGCUGUGAACAGAGAGAAGGAAUUAUCGGGCAAAACAGGAAGGAGGAAAGGAAGUAAAAAGAAAAAUAAAAAGGAGAAAGGCAAAAAAUGGAAAGUGGGGAAGAAGGAUAAAGACCCAACGGCUGACAGGACCAUCGAAUCUCUGUAUAAGGAACUAGUGGAAGAAGGCUUACUGAUCCAGGCUCUGAAAGUCAACCUCUCUGAUUACAUUGGUGAGUACAGCUACUUGGGGACUACUCUUCGCCAGAUGUCCACAGAACCCAUGCCUUCCCUCCUGGAUGUCCGACAGCUAAUCACCCUGUACGGCAUCCUGCCACUAGGUUCUGAAGCAGUGCAUGAGAAAGCUCCUUCGGUGAAAUCCCUGCUCUUGGCUGGUCCGUCUGGGGUGGGGAAGAAGUUGCUGGUCCACGCCAUCUGUACCGAAACGGGAGCCAACCUCUUCAACUUGUCUGCAGCUAACAUUGCCGGGAAAUACCCGGGCAAAAAUGGCCUCCAGAUGAUGCUACACGUCGUCCUCAAGGUGGCCCGCCAGCUCCAGCCCUCCGUGGUGUGGAUUGGAGACACCGAGAAAACCUUCUACAAGAAAGUCCCCAGCGCCGAAAGGAAGAUGGAACCUAAGCGCCUGAAAAAACAGCUUCCCAAAAUCCUGAAACUCCUGAAACCAGAUGACAGGAUUCUGAUUGUGGGGACAACACAGCGGCCUUUUGACGCUGAACUUCAACCUUUUUGCAAAGUUUAUCAAAAAAUUAUUUUGGUUCCCAGACCAGACUAUGCUUCCAGAUAUGUUUUGUGGAAAGAGAUCAUUCAGCGCAACGGCGGAGUCAUCACUGGUGCCUUGAGUAUCAGUUGCCUGGCAAAGAUCAGCGACGGCUUCACGCAGGGACACAUCGUCCAAGUGGUGAAGGAGGUGCUCACGGAGCGGAGAAUCCGGCAGCAAUCUCACAAGCCACUCACCGCCCUCGAGUUCGUCACGUCUCUCACCAGCAUGAGUCCCGUCUACCAAGAGGAAGAAGAAAGCUUUAAGGACUGGUACGCCAAGACCCCUAUGGGUAAAAAGCGAGCCUUGGCAUUAAAAGGAGAUAACAAAGAAAAUGAAAAGGACAAAGGAAAAGAGAAGGAGAAGAAAGGGAAAAAGGAGAAAAAGAAAAAGUAAUGCCUCUCUGAGGAGCCAGGGAUGGAGGUGGGCCCGACUCUCCAGGGAGGAGAUUGACCAUUGCCUGUCUGAAGACCCACACUGAUGCCCUACGUCCACCAGCCCUGCCCUCUCUCAGUAGAUCUUUGUAGGCUGACCACCAAGUUAGUUGUGCAUAACAAGUGUUUCUAGAGCUUGUGAUUAUUUCUUAAUCUAUAUAAAGUUUGUAUAUAAGCAAAACUCACUCUUCACACACUCCACGAUCUAUCCCAGUUGGACACGUCAUCUCAUCAGUACUAGUUGCUGAAUUUAAAUUUUGAUAGUUAGAAAAUACUCUAAUCUGGCAACUAGUAAAUUCAGUCAGUCAUCGGUACUACUAGCUUUUUAUUAAUAAUCUGUAUAUUAUC